AUGGCUGCUAAGAAGGGUGAAUGGAGACCUCGUUACCAUCGGCAUCAGGCUGACGCCGGUGUGGUUACCACACUUAUUACGAAAGCUCGUGAAACAGUGACUCGAGAGCGGCAAGCAGGAUUCUGGCUUCGAACGGUUGCCCAAGUCUCCACAUUCCAUCAGGUGCUAGAACGUCAUACGUGCAAACGAUCCACAAUUCUAGUAUUCCUGGAUUUCAAUGACGCAUUCGACUCGAUUGACCGGCCUGUUCUUCUUGACAAGCUUGCCCAUCAAGGAAUGCUCCGAAAGUUUGUAGACAUAAUAAAUUCUUUGUACUUCCAGACUCCCAGACGUGGAAGAGUAUACGGAGAGCUCUCAGAAAGUGGUGUCUGUCAAGGUUGCCUACUCUCUCCAUUCCUAAAAAAUUCCGUGAUCGACAAGACAAUGAAACGAACGCUGAAAGGUCAUCAAAACUAUGGUUUUCGAACAACUGCUGGGGAAAAACUUGUCAAUAUGGAAUAUGCAAACGACAUCGUUCUCGUCUUACAAGAUAAGAAGGAGCACCCCAUGUUGGCAGAUCCAGUUCUUCGAUACGCUGAUAUUCAGGCAUGCUGUGCAUGUCUGGGUUUUCGCGAGGACAAUGUCUACAAAAUUGACGCAGAUGCAGAAGCGUCGAUCCGGGCAUUGCUGCGUUACCUGCGAAAUGAGGGUCCAGACUGCGACGUACGGCGUGAGCUGGGAAGACUGAAAAUAGUUUCCAGUGACCUCAUUCCUCUUCUCUGUUCAUGCACCAAUGAAAACAAGAUACUCACAGAGUUGGCCAUCCGAUUACUGAUGAAUCUGACACAACCUGCACUAGUUUGUUUCCGACAGGAGAUUCCAAAGGACCGUGAUCUUUACGGGGCAUAUGCACAGGUGGAUGAUUUGCUAAAGUCCUACAAAAAGGAUUUCGCAAACGAGGAAUUGUUCCGGAUGCUCCACAACUUGGUCGGCGAAUUGCUUGAUCGAAAAUGGGAAGAAAGAAGCGAGGAGGACCGUCUUUUGAUUGAACGCAUUCUGAUUCUUGUCCGAAAUGUGCUUCAUAUCGCCCCUGAUCCAUUGGAGGAAAAGCGGACGGAUGAAGACGUUUCGGUACAUGACCAGCUGAUUUGGGCGAUGCACCUAUCCGGUUGGGACGAGUUGCUCCUGUUUUUGGGCAAUUCAGAAGAUGAACAAACGUUUGCCUUUCAUACUUUGGAAAUUAUAUCGCUAAUGCUUCGCCAACAGUACCAGUACGUCUUGUGGGUACAGUCCGGUUCUGUGACGGGAUUCAACAAGGUCAGUCUGAAGAUAUCCCAUGCAACGGGAAUUAGAAUGUUCGACGUCACAGAAACCGUGUGCAUAGGACUACGGGUUCUUAAAUUGCGCCUUUAUUCACUGUUGCUCAAAAGUGUUUCCAAAUUUUUCGGUCAGACACCCGACAUCUUGGCUUCUGCAGGAGAUGAAUCAAAAGAAGCAUCCAAGAUGAACGAAUCAAACCGAUUCGGUGGUACCUAUGAGUUGUUGAGCACACCUUCCCUGUCUGAGCGUCCCUUGAUUUACCAUCACGACAUCACGCCCUCUCUUGAUGUAAACUGUUCAGGGCAGAAAGCUGUGGACAGUCAUUCACACAGAGAAAUAAUGGAGACCGAGGUUGGGCUUGUGGACUUGGAUGUCGAUAAACGCACCUUCCGCAAGCCAAGGAAUCGGAAACCCGUAAUUGAACGCUCGGUUCAUCGGCGGUCCAUUUUAGCCGUUCAACUGUAUCUACAGAAAUUUUGCUGGCAGUUUUUGCAGUACUGCUAUAAUCCACUGAUGCGGACGGCCAAGGCAUCAUUGACUCGUCAGGCGACUCAAGAAAAUGAUGAGACCUAUUACUUGUGGGCAAUGCGUUUCUUCAUGGCUUUCUGUCGAGUGUACAAAUUCCGAUCGGAAUACUUAAGCGAAACUCUCAAUGCGGCCACCUUUCACUGGAUCUACGACCAAGUGAUGCACUACCGGGAGGUUGUUUUUUCCGAUAAGCGUGGUGGUGGAACGAAUCGUCGCGCUCUGCAAGCCUCCCGGCGUCUUGAGUUGGCCGUGGCUGCUUACCGUGAAUUCCUCACUUGUGUAGAACGAAUGUUUCGCGUCACAGCAUCUGAUCGAGUACCUGACAUAUCCGCGGGGGAAACUCAAGAAGCUGUCGAAGAGCGGUUACGGAUUCAGUCGACCGCUGCUGAAUCCAUCAUGGCGAACGUCUUCUACGUGUCCGAAUACCAAGAAGUUUAUCCCAUGCUGAUAAAGGACUUCAAUGAAGCCAUUCAAUCAAGGGAGCACCUACGCAAUCUGGUCGAAGGUUCACACUUGUUCAUAUCGUUAUUGGCAGAGCGCCUAAAGAGUGGCACUCAAACGUUAUUUGUACGCCGACGCAGGGUAGUUCGUCGGCGUCGCGCGCGAAGAGCGAAGCCUGUGAAAAGACGAACUACAGAAGAGGAAGAGGACAAUGAUACACCAGAGGUGCGCAAGCUAAGGCUAGAAUAUCAGUGGUCAAACCAGUUGGUGCAGCCAUUGAUAGACGGACUGGAGCGUCCGACUGAUACAAAUAGCCAAGAGAACGAAGAUCCUGAAGAAUCACGGUUGUUCGAUGCAACUUCUGGAGGAUCGGAAGCAAGACAGCUUCGGUCUGCUAUUCGUCGUGUUCAAUCAGCCUUAUUUGCUGGAGAAGCCCUAACUGCUCUGCGCCUGGCUCUUCGACUUUGGAGACUCUGGCCCGAAGUAGCUCCGAUCUCUGUUGACGAGAAUGAUCCAGUGCUCAGUGACGAUCGUACGGCCGGACUCAAUCCAAGCCAGCUGGCUAUUUUGGGAGCACUACGGCAAAUACAUUCCACUGAAUUUGAAGGCACGUUUCUUCUUCGGAGUUUACGAACAAUUUGUUUGUCCUUGUGA